AUGACAGCAAAGCAGGAGCAAAAGGACACGGCGCUGAUCGCGCACCUCGAGGCCUACGAGGAGUUCCUGACCAGCCAGCUCGAGCUGCAGACCGUGCUCCGCGAGGGGUUCUUUGGACUCGCAAAGGCUCGGCGCGACCUCUCCCGCUCGCGCAACACAGGGACUCCGAGUGUGGGCGCGCUGCAGUUUCCAGAGGAGAUUGAGGCGACCGCACGAGUCGCUCAGGUCGCGGAUGCGGACACGGGCCGCGUCGAGCUGCGCAUCGUGCGCCGCGCUCCCGGUGCGGCAGCGCCGUCGUGCAGCAAAGCGACUGUUGGCGGCGGUGCGGCCGGUGCGGCCGAGCAGGCUGCAGCCCACGAGGCGCAGCUGGAGCAGCUGGGCGUCGCCGGGGAGCUGCGCAGCGAGAUUGCCAGCGCGCUGAGCGGCGGCGACGGCGUCGGCAUGACGUGUGGCGAUAGUCUCGUGGUCGAGGGUCCCGACGGCGGCGCACGUCUCUGCUCGCUCUCCUCGCCGAUCAGCAUGGCGCCGUCCGGCAUUCAGUCGCUCAAGGACGCGCGAUUUGCGAGCCUAGUGAACGACGCCGGCGCCGAGGCGGCCGAGACGACUCGGGCCGCUUCUCAACGGCCAAGCGCCGCAGGAGAUCCCGUGCGUUGGUUCUCGGUGAUGCCACCGCCCUCGCUCCGCAAGUCGCAGGCCUCUUUCCAGCGGUCCCUCGAGCUGAUGGUGCACCUCGCUAAUCUGAACGCGCGCAUGGAGGCAGAGUCCGCUCGGUACGACGCGGCUAUUGUGUCGAGCUCCUAG